UCUGCCUGCCUGGCUGUCAGCUUGCCGCCACCACGUAGCAGAUUCCUGGCAGAGGCAGCGGCUCGUGUCUGCUCUCCUUCUUUCUCUGACACGCACACGCACACGCACACGCGUGUCAGCCGUCCAUGUAGAACCACGUUGCAGCACAGCUUUUGGAAUUUUUUUUUGUUUUCUCGCAAGCGGCAGGAGAGCCGGUCAUGGAUCUUUUUGAACUGGACUUUUUCCGCGACUGGGAGCUGGAGCAACCAUGUCCGUACACGCGGAGAUGCCCGCGGUGCUCACCCACAAGAGAGAUAUUGUGCGUACGAAAGGAUUAAAAAAGGGAUGCAAUGGCCGCCAUGCAGAGUACAAACAGUCAAUUGGAGUCGGAGCGCAGUAUCCUGAAAAGGAGAGAAUGGGAGCGGAGGAACCAGGAGGUCCAGCAGGAUGAAGAUUUGUUCUCAACUGGAUUCAACCUUUUUGGAGAACCAUACAAGACGAAUAAAGGAGAUGCGUUGGCAAGUCGGGUCCAGAACACACUUGGCUCCUAUGAAGAAAUGAAAGACCUGCUAACCAGCCAUUCAAACCAGAGCCACUUGGUGGGGAUCCCCAAAGGCAGCAGUGUCAACAACAACAUGCAAACACCGACCAGCUCAGCCACGACAGAAUCCCAGUUUUUUAACGAAAGCCUAAAUACUGGAUCCGAGGGGGGCGGAACUGAGGGAGUUGGGGAGAAAAGACUCGGAAGUGCAUCCUUGUCAUCCUCCAAGACCAUGCAGCCUCCCACAUCCACAACAGUGUCAUCAAGCUCGCAGUCGGUGCCGCAUCAGAAUUCCAAGAAGUCUCGGAGCUCGGUGGAGUGGUCAAAAGUAUGCCAGGCACAAAGCAGCACAACAAGUCUUCUUCUGGGGUUGGGCCCAGGCCAAAGUCAGGCUCCGGGAGCAGCAAAUGGAAGAGGGAAAACGUUUGAGGAGCAGCAAAUCCAAAGAAACGAUGAGCUUUUCAGCUCACUGAAAGAUGAACUGGGGCUGAAAAGAGAUUUGAGCCCUUCUUCGUCAUCUUCAUCCUCUUCUUCUUCCUCCGCCUCAUCUGGAAGACGGCAUUCUUCCCACCCUUCAAAAGCACUUCCUCUCCCAGAUGCUGGCAAUUAUCGAUCUUCUGCCAUGGACGCUGGCCACUCCAAAACGUCUGGUUCCCCACAAGAAAAUGAAUCAAGCUCUCACGUCUCCAUGUCCUCCUCUCCACUGGCUUCCACAUCACUUUUGUCAACAACACCCGUACCUGGUCUUACCACCCCCACAGCUACCUUUCCACCUGGUAGCCUAUCAGGGAAGCCAAUUGCAGUGCAGCAGAAGCCAACCGCAUAUGUUCGCCCAAUGGAUGGCCAGGACCAGGCGCCCAUUGACUCACCACAAUUGAAGCCACUUCUAGUAGCACCAGAAGGGUUCAACGGGGGUCAAACGUAUGGUGGAAACUCUGGGAACAUGAAGAAUAAACUGCCAAAACUAAGUCUGAACCACACCGCUGAGGUCAGCAUUCCAAAUGACUCCAGCUGUGUUGAAGAGAUUUUGCGGGAGAUGACCCACUCCUGGCCACCCCCUCUUACCGCCAUACACACGCCAGGAAAAGCUGACCAGACCAAGUUCCCCAUUCCCAGCAAGGAGUCCCAGCAUGUGACUUCAGGCUACAACACAAAGCGCUGUCCUGUAUCAUCCAACAAGCCAGCUGUGAAACCACCGACGGCGCCACAAAAGUCAAUGCUGGAGGAUGACCUAAAGAUCAGCAGCGACGAAGAAGAGGCCGAGCAACAGGUAUCCGGCAAGCCUAAAGCCCGAGCGACAGCCUUAAGUGGCGCAUCGGGGAGCAGCAGUGAAUCGGAGAGCAGCUCGGAGUCGGACACAGACGAAUCAGAGAGCAGCUCCAGUGACAGCGAGUAUAACCAGGCCACCCGCACCAACUCCCCCGAGCCUGAGCCGUCUUCCACCGACAAGUGGCAGCUAGACAGCUGGUUGAACAAAGUCCAAGCUCAAACCAAACCUCUGGUGGCCCCGCAACAAGAUCACCAUGCUGCAGGUUCUGUCACCAAAAUUCAGGAGCCUUUCACACAGCGAAGUGAAGCAGCAGGAGCGGGUUCUGCUGCCAAAAUCAAAGCCUGCGUGUCCAUCAACACCACCAGUCUUCCCACGGUGCCAACUGCAGAGCACAAAGAUGCCAGGGGAACAUUCUGCCCGAACAAAGAGAAAACGAAGGCCAAACUCAGCCAGAAGGCAUCGGCGGAAGGUCAGAGGUCAAAGAUGAGGCUGUCACCCGGACCGAUGCCUGGACCAGAGGUCGCCACACAGAGAAGGACCACUACAGGGAAGAAACAGCCAAGACGGACAGAGAGGUCGAACAGCGUGGAGGAUAAUCAGAGCCAGACAUGGAGCAGAGCAAACCAACAAAGCCCUGCUGCGAGGGGAAAGGACCUAUUCCCUCUAUCCUCCUUGGAGCAUCAGAACCCGCCUAGGCCAAGGACUAAGCCCCCGAGUGGGAAAACGGCACCGAGGAAAGAACCUCGCGGUGCCACCAUGCCAAACAACACAGUUGCAACCCCGGUAGCACUACAGCAAACCACUGUGCCGACACCCCCUGUCAGUGUAAAUCAGGAAAAAAGAAAGCACAGAGGCCCGAGUAGCAAAAUCACACCCAAGUCCAGAGAGUUUGUGGAAACGGAUUCUUCAUCCUCUUCUUCCGAAUGCCAGUCUGAUUUGGAGGAAACCAUCAAAAACCCUGCUUUGCCGCCUCCGUCGACACGUACCGCAAUUAACACACAGACUCUGUCCAACUCGUACACUCCUCCUCUGCCAUGUUUCGGAAUGGGCGGUCUGGGAGCCUUUGGAGGGAAGGGACUUUGUGUUCGAGAUAGUAGCAAUGUGACCACUACCAUUAAUAGUAGCACUAGUAGCAUCAGCAGUGGUGGCACUGGGAGUGGUAGUAGCGCUAAUACGCUGAGCAUUAGCAACAUAAAUGCUUCAUUUGGUACCUCGGUUCCUGAUCCUGGAGGGUCAAGUGUACCUUGCAAAGACUUGGAGUGUGUGCCACCACACUUGAAUAUUGGACAAGAUCUGCCUAUUUCCCCACUUAGGGAAUACCAGCAGAUUCAGAGUCUGUGGGUGAAAAUUGACCUGAGUUUGCUUGACAGGGUGCCUGGACGAGGUUUUGGUCAAAUAUCCCUGGUGGGGAUGAUGGAAAGGGACAGAACUGAAGGAAGAGGGUGUGAAAGACCGGGGGAAAAGGCGGUGGUGUCUGACAGGGAGAGACAAAAACAGGGUGACAGAGAAUGGCAAGGGCCCAGACAAAGACAGAAGUUAGCUAAAGGGGAGAAGCUGGGGGAAGAAAAUGAGGCAUUAGUGCAGGACACAGAGAGGCAAGGUGACAGGGACAGAUUUACAGAAAGGAACAGGCAGGCUGACAGAGAGGAGCGAGAGAGGUUCAAUUUAGGAGCGCGAGACAAGGCGACAGAAGGAAGAAGAGAAAAAUUAUGUCAGGAUCUCGGAUUCCUGGACAACCACUGUGUGCAGGAGAAGAGUCUUCCGAGGCUACCUGGGAGGACGGAAAGGGGGGACAGUGGAGGAAAACACCGGAGGCAAGCAACUGGCAACAUGGUUGUCCUGGCAGAAAAGCACACGAGCAAGAGCAAAAGGAAACACAAGUCGGACCACAGUGAACCUUCCAUCAACAGCAAUAAAAAGCUUCAAUUGGACAAAGACUGUCAGCUACUCCCACCCUGCAUUUCUCCAAUACACAACCACAAAAACAGCUCUGUGGAAUUUCUGAGCAGGAAACAGUCCUGGCGGCACGAUGAGAAGCUACUUCCUCCACUUCUUUCGCCCCUCUCUGAAGAGCCCCCACAUAAAAAGAGCUGUGAGGGCAGUUCAUCGCUCAGCCAGGAGGGCGGAGCCACUGGGACGCUCCCUUGCCCCAUUUCCUCGGUACACAGACACAGGAGAGGAGAAAGCAAAGCAUUAUCACACGCAAGAAACAAUGCUCCAAGUCUCACAGAUAAUCACAUUGAGAAGCUCUGUGGAGACAGUUGCCAUGCCAAUGGGCAGUCGGAAUCAGAUGCCUGGUCGGAAUCACUGAUGGAACCUGCAGAACCUCCCAGACCGAGACUGUCCUUUAGUGACACAGUUCGCAGUGCAGACUACUACAUGCAGGAGGCUAAAAGGCUAAAGCACAAGGCAGAUGCAUUGAUCGACAAAUUUGGAAAAGCGGUGAACUACGCAGAUGGCGCUCUCUCUUUCAUUGAGUGUGGGAACGCUAUGGAGCGGGAUCCUCUAGAGGCCAAAUCUCCUUACACGAUGUACUCAGAAACCGUAGAGCUAAUCAGGUAUGCAAUGAGGUUGAAGAACUUCACCAGCCAUUCAGCCACCAUUGCUGAGAAGAAACUUGCCGUGUUGUGUAACCGCUGUCUGUCUCUGCUGUAUCUGCGGAUGUUCCAUCUGAAGAAAGACCAUGCUGUCAAGUACUCACGCUCACUGAUGGAGUAUUUUAAGAACUCGGCCAAGAGCUCCCAUCAAGCACCUUCUCCCUGGAGGACCAAUGGAAAGAUCAACGGGACUCCAUCUCCACUCUCGCUCAGCCCCUCUCCGGCCAACAGCGGAGGAGCUCCUGUUUCGUCAGGCAGCGUCACCAUUCCCCAACGCAUUCACCACAUGGCGGCCAGUCACGUCAACAUCACCAACAACAUCCUGCGCAGCUAUGAACACUGGGAAGCAGCGGAUCGACUGUCCACUGGUAGCCAAGAGUUCUUUCAGGAGCUGGAUUCUGCCAUGGAGCCGUUGACUCAGCAGAGCAGCAUGACCGAGCUGGUCCGAUACAUCAGACAGGGGCUGCACUGGCUCCGCAUUGAGGCUCACCUGCUGUAGGCGCUGGACCACGGCCAGAUAAAAAUGAAAAAAAAAAAAAACAUAAAAAAAUGUGCCUGGGAGCUAGAACUGGGAUAAGCGAGAUGACAGCCACAAUGAUGCUUUCGUCGCCCGCUGGGGUCCUUCAGUGACUCAACGUGCUACAGUGCAGUAAUUGUAUUGACUCGGUGGAUUAAUUGGGCAAAAAUGCACUUAGGAAUGAAUGAUAACGACAUCCUUUGAAUGUGACUACAAAUUAGCAUAAUUAAACUGUCUGAUGUGGCUCUUUGGAGGGACAACAAUUAUACUUGGGUACAUGUAGUUUAGAUUCCUCCCUGAAUAGGAAUAUAAGUUCCAUGUAUUUUUAAUAAGAUGGGAUCAUUUUCAAAAGAAAACGUGACAGGCUGCUGUGAUUAUAGAGGAUAAAGCCUUGGAAGGAAAGCUCUUUAGAGGCUCCAAGAAAUGCGCGUCUGAUACUGAUCCAGUUGGUAAAGUACUGGUCCAAUACAUCAAUUGGAUAAGAAUCAUGAGGCUCCUUUGCAAACACUUCUAGUGAAUUAACAAAGGAUGAGAUACAUCAUCAGGGGACCAGUGGCAAUCGGCCAUUGAGAAAUAUACAUGAUAUCUAUCGCCCUAUUAGUCAUUUGAAAAGGGCGAUGACAGCACUUUAGCGUGAUGCCAGUACUUAGCCAAGCAGUUCAUUCAAAUGCACUUAAUUAAGAAAUGCCCGUUAUAUUUAUUCGCCAUUCACAAAUAUGUUCUUCUAAAAAGGUAUUGUUGGGAGUAUUACCUUACAAAUGUAACAGUCAUGUAUUACUUUUAUGUGCUAAUUAUAUAUACCGUAUUUUUCGGAGUAUGAGUCGCUCCGGAGUAUAAGUGGCACCGGCCGAAAAUGCAUAAUAAAGAAGGAAAAAAACAUAUAUAAGUCGCACUGCAGUGUAAUUCGCAUUUUGGGGGGAAAUUUAUUUGAUAAAACCCAACACCAAGAAUAUACAUUUGAAAGGCAAUUUAAAACAAAUAAAGAAUAGUGAACAACAGGCUGAAUAAGUGUACGUUAUAUGACACAUAAAUAACCAACUGAGAAGGUGCCUGGUAUGUUAAUGUAACAUAUUAUGGUAAGAGUCAUUCAAAUAACUAUAACAUAUAGGACAUGCUAUACAUUUACCAAACAAUCUGUCACUCCUAAUCGCUAAAUCCAAUGAAAUCUUAUACGUCUUGUCUCUUACGUGAAUGAGCUAAAUAAUAUUAUUUGUUUUUUACGGUAGUGUGUUAAUAAUUUCACACAUAGGUCGCUCCCGAAUAUAAGUCGCCGGCCAAACUAUGAAAAAAACUACGAGUUAUAGUCCGAAAAAUCCGGUACUUUAUUUCCCAGACUAUAAACCGCACCCAAUAAUUUAGAAUCAUUUUUUUAUAUGUACAUACAUAAUUAUAUAUAUAUGUAGGUGUGGGAAAAAUCA